AUGUCUAUGCAACGUAGUUUUGCUGGAUAUCGUUCUACAUUUAAAAAUUCAUUCUAUUUUGAUAAUAUUGUAACGGUUGAUAGUGAAGGAAAAUUAAGAUCAAGCUUUAGAAGAACAUUUAUUCAAAAGAAUCCAAGAAAAUAUAGUACAGCAGGAUCUCAAUUACGAAUUAGUGAUGGUAGAUCGCCUUCAAUAUUUUAUGGUGAUAAUAGUGGUAAUGAAAAUUUAAUGUAUCAAGGAAAAGAAUAUAUUAAAAAAUAUUCUGUAAAUGGACCAAUUCAUAAAUAUUCAGUUAUUCCAUCUACUCAUAAACAUUCAACAAUUGCUUCAAUCCACAAAAGUAGUGUGACAUUCAAAAAUAGAAUGUUAUAUGUAAAAUCUGAUAAUUUUAUUAGGAAUAUUUGGGAAAAAUGUGGUAGUACUCCAUAUGAUGAUGCUUGUUUUGGCAUUCAUACUGUUUCUGGUACAGUAUCUAGAAAAAUUACUCAGUCAUCAACACGAGACUUUUCAAAAUUUUCACAAAAAGGUGAGAUAAAAUAA